AUAUUGAAAUCAUCCCAUAUCAGCAACUUUAACAAAAAACCCGAAUUUGAAAAAAGUUAACAUCAAUAGAUCUCAAGUCACAAUACUGACAAAUCUCAAAUAGUAAACCCAACCCCUCACUUUUUACACCCCUUUUUCUCCUUUACUUUUUUUCACAUCAUUCUUUUGGAAGCUUUUCUCUCCAACCUUCAACAGCAAUUGGAGGUGACAUGCAACCAAGUCCAUUUACAACAACAGUAAAUAACUACAGUAGCAACAGUAAUAAGAACAGUAGUAGUAGCAAUAACGACAAUGUUCGAUUGAAUGGUUUGAUUGCUCAGAAAAAAAAGAAUAGCAGUAAGAGUGCUCUCACAGAAGCACUUUCUCCAAAAACACCACCUGCCGUAACAGCUGCUCUUUUAUCAGAUUCCUUAUUUCCUCCUAGAAAACCGAAAUCCAACAAAAUGAAAACCAGUUCAAACGAUAUGGAUGAUAGUAAUACCUCUGGUAGCGAGGAGGACGAAGACGACGAUGAGGAGAAUAAGAGUCGGAAAGAAGACCCUUUAGCAACCCAAGUCUGGAGACUGUAUACAAAAGCAAAAGACACUUUACCCAAUGGCUCAAGAUUAGAAAAUUUGACUUGGCGUAUGAUGGCCAUGACUUUAAAUAAAAAGAAGAAAGCUGAAGAACAACAGCAAGCAGCAGCAGCAGCAGCAGCAGCAGCAACAGAAACAGCCGUCAAAAGCGAAGCAGUAGAUGAAGAUAGUGUCAUGGAUUUAUCCAAUACACCUGCUACAUCUCGUCCUUCGUCUCCGCCGCCGCCCGAUGACACUACGACCUUUUUAUCAUCUUCCGCUCCUCCUUAUACAUUUGAUUUCAACAAUCCUGACAAUGCUAAUGUAAUGUUGAACAUGACGGCUUAUCAACAACAGCAAUCUCGGCAACAUCAUCUUCAACUGCUGCAGCAACAACAGCAACAGCAAUUUCUUCAGCAACAUUAUCCUUUACAAUCAAGUUCACCUUUUGAGCAAAUUCAGCAACAACAGAAGAGAAAUGUCAUGAUUUAUGGCUCUGCUAAAGCAACUACACCUGCCAACAUUUUCAUGACAAACAUCUCAAGAGGCUAUACCACUGAUAACAAUACGAGUAACGGAACGGCUAACGCUGGUAACACUGGACACAUUAACAUUAGUCAUAGCACUGGUAGUAGUGCUAGUCAGACAAGUCAACACCAACAACAACAACAACAACAACACCAACAACAACAACCACCAUUUUCUGCUAAUAUUUAUGGAACAAACAGUAUUACAAUUCCUGUGGAUAUGGAUAUAACCGAAGAUUUUCAACAUGACUCACAACAACCAAGAGAUGACACUGUCUCUCCGUUGUCAGCCACUUCUACCUUCCAGCCUUCCACCUCUUUAGAGUCCACUACCAAUCAAAAUCAAGCAUUCAACAAUUAUUUUAGUCAGUCUGUAUCAAGCUAUAAUUAUACUAGCCAUACAACGUCGAAUACAACCACAGCAACAACCACAGGAAAUGCUACAACAGCAAUAAGCCCGGGUGAGUCUAGUAUACAACAGGGUCUUGGCCUCUUUCCGCAACUUGCUUCCUCUUUACCGUCAACGAACAGCAACACCAAUAACAAUCAACAACAGCAGCAGCAGCAGCCCGCUUUCUUUCCUUCUACACCUAACGAAAAUACGCCUUCGCCAGCAGGUCUGAACGCAGGUGCAAUGAGUUUUGAAGAAUUAUUAGCCAUGUAUUACGUGAACGGCGGCCAUAACAAUCCGGCUGCCGCGGCGGCUGCCGCAGCUGCCGCUGUAGCCAUGACGGGCACGUCACCUAUCAAUAUCGGUACCAGCAAUAAUAAUAACGAUACAACAGCUUCUAUGGAUAUUGUGAUGGGAAAUAGUAAUAGUACAGAAAGCAUGAGUGAUAAGAAUGAAGCGAUGAGCAAUCGACAUGCUCGAUCCUUGAUUCCUCAAUUGUCUUUUUCUUUGCCACACUCUCAAGGUAAAUUGAGUUCAUUAUCUUGCGAGCAUUUAAAGUCAUUGAGGUUGAUACUGAAUAAUUUCUUUAAAUAUCCAAAGGUACGGUCUCUGGUCAUGGUCAAUCUCCUGUCAGUGCAUCGCCGUUAGGUACAUCUUUGAGUGGCCACACGCUGAAUACGGCUACCUAUCUACAAGUUCAGCAGCAAUCAUCUGCAGUCAGUUCACCAAAGACGAAUAGUCGAAU